AUGCUUUCGACAAUGCCUUCUGUGCUUCAUCUCUUAUUGUUGUGUUUUGCGGGAAGCAAGGCAUUUGACAUCACGUCACCUACCGAAACUACCACCUGGGAUAUAUCUGCUCCAAUUAAGAUCGAAUGGUCUACCGCUUCAACCGACCCAGAAAAAUUUGAUCUCCAAAUCACAAACCGGGAUCCAAAUCUUUAUCCUGAAGGCAUCACAGAAGUUGUAAAGCAAGAUUUAAAUUCUGGCGAUGGGAAGGUGACACUGGACUUGUCGGGUGAUAAUCAUCUUAAAUCUGGCACAGGUUAUACCAUCAAUUUCAUCAAAAGUCAAUCCGAUGAGAUCUUGGCACAGUCACACCCUUUCAGUCUCACUAAUGAUCCGUCCAACUCGAAGAGCGUCUCAGAUACCUCCAAUACCAAAAAUGAUAACAAUUCAGACACCAACAAAACAGUUGACUCGCAUUACUCUAGUCCCAUGAAUUAUCCUCACACUGGUGCUUCUAGUCCGGUUUUCAACUCCACUGAUGUUCGCUCUGAUGCAAAAGAUUCAGCUCAUAAUUCUGGUGGAAACCUCCGACCUUCAUUUUCAAUCUUGAAAUUGUCAUGGGUACUAAUUGUGUCUCUUUUGAUCAGUGUGCUUGUCAUAUAA